AUGGCGCGCUUGCUGCGUGUCAACUUGGCCCUUGGGGCGAUCAUAGGGCAGCAGGCGGCUCAGCUUGCUUCCUUGGGUUCAGGAGCCAGCGCGACUUCAACACCCGCGCCCGCCACGCCACGUGCCGCUCUACCUAAGCCACCUGUGACCACAAAGCCUGCGCUAGAUAUGCCGAUGGUCGCCGACCCGAAGCAGCCAGCGCCAUCGAGACCGAAGCAGAAAACAAUGCCUAGACCAAAGGCACCGAAAGCGGGACCGUUGUUCAAGCACAUGCCUAAGUCUGAAGUGAAGGUGAAGGCAAUGCCGAAGGUGCCGAAGCGAGAGCUUACGCGCCCGAGCGGGGACGAGUCGUCCGAAGACGAGCCUAAGGCGCCCGCGACGUCGUCCAAAGGCUUCGCGCUCCUGCCCAAGGAGAAGUGGAGCAGCAUGCGUUUCUCAGAAAGGAUCGAGCACAAGAAGGAGAUGAGAAAGGCCCUGCCCAGAGGCUCGAUUGGAGACGCCGCUUUGAAGGCGCAAGGCACCGAUUGCGACACGUGUUCGGAGAGGCGGACGCGUGGUCGUUCGGCAGUGCGGCGGUUCGCGGAAGAAGCCGUUGGAAGAGCAAAGCGCCGGCUGGAAGAGCGAAGGAAAGAGAAGAAUGAGAAGAAAGAGAAGAAGGACAAGAAGGCGAAGAAAGGAAACGAAGAGGCGGAGACAAGGAGUCGUGCUCCGGGCGGUUCGCCUGGAGGCACUCCAAAGGUCACGUCGUCGAAGAGGACGCUAGCGCCGAGGAAAGACCUUCGGAGGCCCAGCGAGCCCCAGGGUCCGCCACCUAAGCCCGCAGCAAAGAGUACGCCGAAAGCCGAAGGACCGCGGCGAAGCAGCGGAUUCACAGCGGGGUCGCUUGCGAUGCUCAAAAGUUCCUUGGCCGAGACCUUGAGGCAGAAUAUCGCCUCGGAAGAAGACCCAGAGGAGCAGAGGAAAAUGGAAGAGCAAAGGCGAGCUCUGCAGCGCGACCGGCCACGGCAGAGUAUCGUGAUCACGCGCGAGAAUAUCGACGACCAGUCGUUCCACGACAGUCGGUAUUUUGCCGACAGGGCGGCCGGAGUGCCGCACCACCAAGCCUGGAAGAACGAGAAGGGACGCCGAAGAGCGUUGCUGAAUCGCCGAGAAGGCUUGAAAGAGCGCGUCGCAGACCGCAUCGAGAAGGAUCAAGAGUGGCACCGGCGGUACGACUCAAAAGGGUCCAGCCACAAGAUCGAUAAGACGGACCGCUUCGAAGGCGAGACCGUCACGGUCGACGAGCGGGUGCGCGACAAGGAUGCCGACGAGCCUGCUGUUGAGGCCGCACCGCUGUCGAAGAGGGCGAGGGCGAACCUACGCCAGGAGCCGGACGACGAGGAGGUCUUGUUGGCAACGAACCCGGAAAGGAAGGCGAAGGAGCCUCGAAAGCGCCCGCCUGGGUACUACCAGAGAAAGAACUUGAGCCGCCGGAAGCGCAAGCGCGAGAUGAGGAACAAGGGAAACCCGGAGGACGACGACGAGGAGGAGGACGAAAACGAGCCUCCACCCGACAGAGACGACGGGCCAAAGGGUCCAAAGUGGCCACGAGGACCACCCGAUGCAGGAGCAGUUCCUGUCAACUCCUUUGGCACUUUGGCCGAUUCGGCUGGAGUGGUCGAGGAUGUGGAUGGGUGGAAGCGCAUCAGGUUGAAUCUGGACACGGGAGCCGCCGCCACGGCGAUCCCGACCGAACUUGCCGAAGUGCUCAAGGGCAUGGGUUACGACCUCGGACCCACGAGCGGCACGACCUACAAGACGGCAAGUGCCGAAGUGAUGCAAGACGAAGGUGGCCUGUGCAUUCAGGGCACAGACUCCCGCGGAAACCCGAAAGGGGUAGCCGGGAGAGUUACCAAUGUUCACCGCCCCUUGGCGUCGGGGAGCAAAGUGGCCAUGGGUCACCACCUGGCGUUGUCGAGGCGCGGCGGGUGCCUUAUCCCGCUGGGCAGCGAGGCUGCCAAGGAGUACGAAAAGUUCAUGGCUGGGCUGGUUAGACGCCACGGAGCGCAGCUCACGCCAGUGCAUGUGGAGAACGGCAUCUACAUGAUGGACUUUUGGGUCCGGCCACGCCAGACCAACGCGCCCGAGCUGAACGCCACAGGUGAAGCCGAAGAGAAAGAAGAAAGUGCUUUUGCGGGAGCGGCCGGCGGCGACGAAGCCGCUGGAGAUGGAGAAGCAGGCGAAGAAGCGAGAAUGGCGAUCGUGAAGCGAUCUCCUGCCGACCCGAGCCAGGAGGAGAUCGACCAGCACAGGGCCACGGGCCACAGCGUGCACCGCUCAUGGUGCAUCCACUGCUGCCGUGCUCGAGUCACGGCACCACGCCACGCAACAGGGGAACCUGCCGAUGCUGAUGAGGGUAGGUUGCCUUACGUUUCACUAGACUACUUUUACCUGAACUCUGGCCAAGAAAAGAGCGAGAGUGAAGGGGUUUUACCGUGUUUGGUAGUUAAGUGUCGCAAGACUGGUAGGUACUGGUCUAGCGUCGUUCCAGCAAAAGGAACUGACCUGUUUGCAGUAGAGUGGUUAAAACGCUGCUUGUUUGAAACAGGAUUUAAGGAGCUCUGUUUAAAGAGCGACAACGAGAACGGGAUCCUCGCGCUCAAGCGAAGAGUGAAGGAGGAAAUGAAUCUGAAGAUCCACCUCGUGGAGGUCCCAGUGGAGGACCACCAGUCAAAUGGCUACAUUGAGGUCGCAGUGAGAGAAAUGAAGCGGCAGAUCCGAGCAAUCCUGUCAGACCUGCAAGAGCGGCUUGGAUUCGAAAUCGAGCCGACACACCCUUGUAUGCAUUGGCUUCCACGCCAUGCAGCCUAUCUAAUAUCGCGGUUCCGCAUUGGAGCGGAUGGGCGAACUCCUUACGAAAGAACCAAGGGUCAGUAUGGGCACGGGGUGGACAAUGACGUGUUCAUUAUGACAGCCAGAGGUGUGGUGAAAGGAGCGUCUGUGACGAGACAUCCUCCUGCAGAUCAGUACAAGUACGAAAACUGGAGUGAACUUCGGGGUGUUCCCUGGAGACUCCAAGCGCGGGAGCCGGGCCAACUGAGGGUUGAGCUGCCGGCCGUCGUGGCGCAGCCGAGGCGACUGCCACAGGAAGAAGUGAUUCCAAGGAAUCUGUACGUGCUGAAAUCUGAUCUUGAAAGGCAUGGGUUCACACCGUUAUGCCCAGGGUGCGAUGCUCAGAUGUGUGACCUACCACAUAGGUCGCGCAAUCAUGAGUGCAGAUUGCGGAUCCAGUCCGAGCUUCAGAAGACUGAAGAAGGAAGGGCACGCAUUGAAGCUGUCCGAGAUCGGUUGAAUGCUGGGCGAAGACCAAAGCCCGGAGGAGGGGCACCCGAGGCUGUGGUAGCUGCCAGCGCACCGGUGUUGGUAGGCGCACCAGAGCCUGAUGCCGAAAUGGCUGCGGGAGAAGCAGCCGGAGAACCGCUAGAACGAAAUGUGGCCAAAGAUCUGAGAGAGCGGGAAGAAGCUCGAGGAGGAUCAAGUGAAAAGAAAAGGAGGCAGGAACGAAAGGGAAACAAGAGAGUCCCUGACGAAGACCUCGAAGAGCUGCAUCAGAGGAUGCAGGCUGAGAGUGCGAGAGGAAAGCCUGAAGAUGACUCUGGAGCAGUCGUCGAAAUGGGACCGCUUCCUUCUGCAGGAAGCCGUGACCCUCAGCCCGAACGACAGCCCGUGGAGCCAUCAGCUGGUUCAGCUGGAGGCAACGGGGACGGAGAAAUCGAGCUGGGUCAACUUACUGAGUGCUUGUGCGCUGUCCUGAGGGACGCACGAGCGAAGGGCACGAUCUCCGAGAUUUUCUCCCCGCCGCGAGUAGCGGCGCAAGCACAUGUCGUUGGAAUGAGCAAAGACUCGCACGUGCGCGAGCUGUUCGUGCUACUGGACGAGCAAGAGCCAAAGUUCUUGGGAGGAUCGCCCCCAUGUGGGCCGUUCUCUGUCCUGCAAAACUUGGUUGACGCAGAUGCAAAAGUGCCUGUCGAAGUGAGACGCAAACGACUGGCAGAAGGAAAGAAACAUUUGCGAACAGCCGUUCAGGCAUACUGGAAGCAAAUGGAAGCCGGAAGGUAUUUCCUACACGAGCACCCAAAAGGUGCACGGAGCUGGGAAGAACCGGAAGUGAAAGAGUUGCGAGCCGACCCUCGCGUGUACGAGGUCACCGGGCCAAUGUGCCGUUGGGGCAUGGAGUCGGAGGAUGCCCAGGGCAAAGGCUUGGUGAAGAAAGAGACGCGAUGGUUGACAAACUCGCGAUGCGUUGCCAAUGUGCUUCAAGGAGCGUGUUCGAACACCGAAGGCAAGGUGUGGCACUGCCACGUACGCCUUAUCAAUGGUCGAGCACGCGCAGCACAAAAGUAUCCACCCAAGUUGGUAAAAGGAAUCCUGAUGGCGUUCCGCCAACAGCUGGUGGAGGAUGGUGAAUUCUCAGAAGCGUUAAAUGCGAUGGAGGCUGGACCUGUUCCAGACUCUCCACCCGUGAUCGAUGAAGAAGAGGAGAUCUACAACCAGUUUCCCGACGUGGGCCACCAAAUCCAAGGACCCGUAAUAGACUCCAACACUGGAGCAGAACUGGACCUGGAUAAAGUGGCUGCUGCACGCCGAGAGGAACUCGAAUGGGUGUGGAAACAAAACCUCUACGAGAAAGUUCCCGAAGAGCAAGCAAGGGCAGCUGGAAAGGUUCCAAUCACCAUGAAGUGGGUAGACCGCAACAAAGGAGACAACGAGCGGCCCAACUAUCGCUCGAGAAUUGUUUGCAGGGAAGUCAAGCGUGCAAAGAACGCCGAGUUCAUCCCGGAACAUGCGAGCUUUAGUGCAAUGCCCCCGUUGGAAGCAAUCAAGCUGUUGCUGUCUCUUAUGGUGACGCUGAAAACGUCAAAGAAGGGACGAAAACCUUUGAAGCUACGCUUGCUGGAUAUAUCCAGGGCCCACUUCUAUGGGAAGGCCCAAAGGGAUAUAUACGUCACGUUGCCUGAAGGAGAUCAGGAGCCAGGCAUGGUGGGCAAGUUGCUACGAUCCAUGUAUGGCACCAGGGACGCUGCGGCAAUAUGGCAAGCCGACUACACCGCCGCGUUACUGGAAGCCGGAUUCGUUAGAUGUCCCGCUUGGCCAGCUAUCUUCUACAAUAGCGCAACAGAGACAAGACUUUUGGUUCACGGCGACGACUUUCUGAUUCUCGCCGAUGACGAUGGUCAAGCACAUGUGGAAAAGGUCUUAAGGAAGAAAUACGACUUAAGGGUUGAUGGCAGCAUUGGACCAGGAGAAAAGAAACAGGAGUUCUGCGUCCUGAACCGUCUCGUGCGCUUCGACGAGAGGUCAGGAGUAAUCUCCUAUGAGCCUGAUCCAAGGCACGCCGAAAUCAUCCUGAAAGAUCUACACAUGGAAACAUGCAAGCCAGUAAAGAGCCCAAACGAGAAGAUGAAAGCUGAAGAUUUGGAGAAGAGACUUCAGCUCCCGACCGUGGAGCCAGAGCGCGUUAGCCAAUACCGCUCGCUGGUUAUGCGAGCAGCGUUCCUGGCUCAAGACAGGCCAGACCUGUCGGAAUCGGUCAAAUGUCUUGCGAGGAGAAUGCAAGGCCCGACUGAAGCGGACUUUGCUGACCUCAAGAGACUUGCUCGGUAUUUGAAAGGUGCAAUGCGACUGGUGCAGAGGUUCGCACCACAAAGGUUUAGUUCGAUAGUCACGAUCCAUGCAGACAGUGACUUCGCCGGAUGUCUCCAGACACGGAAGAGCACCGCCGGACUAGUGUGUUACUAUGGACGCCACGAAGUGCGACAUUCAAGCAACCUCCAGAGUACAGUGUCGCUAUCUUCGGGAGAGGCCGAAUACUACGCACUGGUCAAGGGUGUAGCCAGCGGAAUGGCCACGCAAGAGCUUCUUCGUGGAUGGGGGAUAGAAACGAAGUUACAGGUGCAUACCGACAGCGCUGCUGCGCUGGGGACAUGCAGUCGUCUUGGUCUGGGAAAAUCCAGACACGUGCAAACACGAUACCUAUGGAUCCAAGAGAAGCUUGCGAACGGACAGUUCGAGCUUUUCAAGAUCGAUACUAAGAUCAAUACCGCGGACUUGCUCACCAAGUCCUUAAGCACUGAGUCUGCCGAGCAACACCUGCGUCGAAUGAGCUUUGAGCUAGUUUCCGGUAGCCAGUUCCUGCAAAAGGCCAAGGCGGAGCUCGAGAAGAGCGACUUCCCGGAGUUACGGACCGUGGGCUCCGACACCCUCAUGUACGUCAAGGAAGACCUGAUCAUCCCGCACAAUGUCACUUUCUACGAGCUGAUCAAGGAGAAGGCGCGUGGCAAGUCGGGGCCUCUCUUCCACUUCGACGUCCACGAGGACAUUCGAAUGGCCAACGACUCUCGAAUAGAGAAGGACGAGAGCCAUGCCGGGAAGAUCGUGGACCGCAAGUGGUACGAGCGGAACAAGCACGUCUUCCCGGCUUCCCGAUGGGAGAUGUACUCGAGGGACAAGACCUACGACCAGUACACCGUCCAUGGCAAUACCGACCACUCUACACAGCUCAACUCGACCGGCGGAGUCUUCAAGCAGGAGACACGACGUUUCACUGCCGGCAAGGCAGCUUACCGGAAGCAGUGUUUUGCUGAGCACCCGAUGCUUCCAGGGACCGAGCAUGAGGAGCUUACCGUCAAUGACCACGGUCAGUGCCCGCCGAUGCAGCUGCCAUGCUUGGCGCAGGUGCUUCUGGCCCUCCAACUCGCACAGGGCCAGAAGUACGACUGCUUCUACGGGGACUACCCGGAGCACUUGUGCUGCGACGCCCGGCAGUUCGGCAGCCAAGGUUUCACCAAGUGCUGGGGCGGCCCUUACACCUUCGAAACCUGUUGCGGGCCGCCGCCUACAUGUACUGAAGAGGUGGUCUCCAGAGUCUGGGGCUACCUUGACCCGCAGGCAACCACCUCGUACCGUGACUUCUGGAAGAGCGAUGCCUUCUACGAGAUCUCGCGGGUGCGGGAUGGAUCCACGGACUGUAAGGUGGCCUUCAUCACCAGUCGCAUCCUGGCCUUCAGCAAGCUGGAGUGGGACGAGCAGUGGCAAGUGCUCCACUUCCCGAGGCGUGCGCGGCGCCACUACAACUGGCAGCUCCCGGCCGUCAUCGACGCUCUCUGGGCUCUCAUGGACCUCCCCGUUUGGGACCGGGUCUCGCGAGCUCCUUGGUCGGCCUUCAUCUGGAGCCGCUUGAGUGGGCACAUGAAGAAGUUCAAGUACUUCCUGAUCCCGGUUUGGCAGAUGGUUGUCACGAUUGGAUGGUAUGCCGCUGCUGAGCGGACGGCUGCCAGCCAGUGA